AUGAUGAAUCGAGUUCUCAUUUUCAGCGUGUUGAUGGCCGCUCUCUGCGCCCUGGCCAGCGCCGGCUGCCCCGAGGGGUACACCCAACGCAACUGGCCCGACCAGCACGGGAACUGCUACAAAGUUUUCAAAAACGCGGCACUGUGGUUCCAUGCCGACCACUUCUGCAGAGCAGACGGGGGCUGGCUGGCCACCAUCAGUGACGAGGACGACGGUGCGUUUGUCAACAGUUUCUUCAUUUCGAACAGAGGUUACUCGUGUAACGAUUGGUACUGGGUUGGGGGUACUGACGCACUUCAUGAAGGCAUUUGGCGAUGGCAACAAGAUGGUAGCGUGGCCACCUACACUAACUGGGCCGCCCGCCAACCCGACAACUGGUGGGACGAAGAUAGUUUGAUGGUGAACAGCGCCACCAGAGAGUGGAACGACAUUCAAAUGGACGACCUUAGAGUAGAUGCUCCGGAAGUCUGCUUCGUGUGCGAGAUGUACCCGACGGAGAGGCAGUGUAGUAUUGUGGCUUAG